UUUAUUCUGUGAUGAACCUGAUAAAGUAUCUAGAGGAUGGUCCAUGACUGAAAAAUGUCAAAGCCGACGCCUUGUCAGAUUCUGGAGUGAACACUAUGUCCAACGGAAUGGCUCUCAAAGUAAUGAUUUACUCAAAUGUGGAUAUCAUAUUCAAGAGGAUAGUAGUGACUAUUAUGCUCAACCAAAUGAUCCACUUUUGGUUUCCUGUAUCUAUUGGAAAGCUGUAGACAAAUACUUUAUUACCUCAGUAGACUACAUUAGACUCUUGGAAGGUCUCUUAAGAGUUCGAUAUACUUUUCAAGAAAAGAAUCGCGUCAGACGUAACUUGUCCGCUUUCAGUAAUAUAACAAUAAAGAACAACGAUCCUAAAACAGUUGAUUUUUACAAGUUGAUCAUGAGCUAUUCUAAUCCAAAACCAAGAAAUAUUGACAAAGAUAUCAAGGCAUUUGAAUGGUACACCGUACCUUAUGCAAUCACAAAAGUUAUUAACAGAUUC